GGGUGCAGCCAAAAAGCAAAAAAAAAAAAGGCCAGAGUUCAUGUUCUUGGGAUAUGGGAUGCAAGAGAGUAUAUGCGUGCUUUUUGGGGCUGGGGAAUAAAAAAAUGUUCAUGAACAUUACUGUGUGUGCCAAACAGCUCUGCCUCUCUGUACUCUAAUUUGUGUAACUCUAAAGUGGAGUUUUUAACCUACUUUUCAUGUGUAGCAAGAUUCAGCAAACCAUGUUCUUAUGUUCUUGCUCCAGGUAACUCAGGGUGCUUUGUCAUGUUAUGGAGACAGUGUGUUUGUGGUGUGCUCUGUGCAUGGUGUGGAACAGUUUACAGGCCUCUGAUUGUUGGAAGCAGAUAGGCUUCAGAGCUAAUGCCAUUCUUCUUCUCCCUGAGGUCAUCUUUCUUUGGACUUUUCUUGUCUUCAUGAGAGGAAAACCCAGGAGACAUAGAUGGUGGCUGGGUCACCGAUGGAAUCUUCUCAGCACUUAAGUGACCUUCGAGGGCAUGGCUGCGAACUUUACCCAGGAGGAGUGGACUUUGUUGGAUCAAACUCAGAAAGAUCUCUACAGAGACGAGAUGUUGGAGAACUACCAGAAUCUCAUUAUCCCAGGUCACGGAAGCAAGCAACUUAGACUCUACAUACUAUUCCUCAAAUCUAAAGGAAAAUGGCUUCUUUGGAUAUUAGUAUUGAUCGUGACUAGUGCAGGGGAAUUAAUUCUCAUGUGUCAGAAUUGGAUUUGCAGCCUAAAACCUAAAGUCCUACACCUCUUCAGGAUGUUUCUCUGGAAAAACAUCAAACAGAAUUCAAUUGGUGAGGAUCAGGAUUUAAUGGUGAAAGUCGUCCGGGACCCUUUCAAAAGCUGACUUUGUGGAGCAGGCUGCGGAAAGCUGUCACUGCAAUACAUUUCAGAAAAAAGAAGAUGGCUAGGCAUUGCCGACAACAAAGGUAGGUGCUCCUCUUUGACCUUACAACCAAUACCUUAAUCUUCCAGCUUUACAUUGUGUAUUAGUGUUCUAUUGCUGCUGUAACAUAAUGAUGUAAAGCAAUAAUAAAUUGCUACUUUAUAGUUCUGGAGAUCAGACCUCCAAAUAGGGUCUCAACUGAGCUAAGAGCAAGAUGUCAGUAUAGCUGUGUUCAGGACAACCUGCUUUUUCCAGCUUGUAGAAGCCUUUUGUCUCCUCUUCCAACUUGAAAGCCAGCAACAUUAGUCGAACUCCUCAUGCUCCCGAAUCUUUGAUUCUCCUACUCUGCUCCCC